GCGCUAUUCCUCCCGUUUCUUUCUUCUCGAGUCGGACGAAACGAUUGAGCCAGUUCUCCGUUCAACCUGAAACGACGGCGUCCCACCAAAUUUGAUCAGUUGAUGUUGACGAACAAAAAGACGUUUGGUUGCAGCAAUCAGCUAAGCCUGAACGCCAUUUCUACACUUCCCACUUUAGCGGACAGCGACAGCGAGGAAGCUCUGCUCUAAGCGCUGACAUGGAGAACGAUACGCCAAGCGCAAGAAUUUCGAAAGUGAAACUGGGCAGUUAAGAAUUGGAGGUUCCCAGACUAGGGUUAGGAUGUGCCGGGCUUUCUGGGUUGCUAAACGAUCCCCUUAUCCACGAAGACGGAUGUUAAUUUCUGAAGAACGCUUUCCAUAAAGGUGUGACCUCCUUGGAUACAUCGGAUGACUACGGACGUAAUCAUGAUGAUGAAAUCAUGAUGGGGAAGGCUCUAAAGGAGCUUCCCAGGGAUCAAGUUCAAUUAGAAACAAAAUUCGGAAUCAUUGUAGGUGAAGAUAAGCUGUUUGAGGGAAAGGGUAGUCCUGACUAUGUGGGUGAAUGCUGUGAAGCUAGCCUUGGCCGACUUGGAGGGGACACAUGAUCUCUAUGACCAGCAUCGUAUUGAUAAUUCUGUUCCCAUCGAGGAUGCUAUAGAGGAGAUGAAGAAGCUGUGAAUGAAGGGAAGGUGAAGUACAUUGGACUGUCCGAAGCAAGCCCUGACAGGACCAGGAAUGCUCAUGCUGUUCAUCCCAUUACAGCAGUACAUAUGCAAUACUCAUCACGGAGCAGAGAGAUUGAACAAGUGAUAAAUCCUCUCUGCCAGUAUAUAUGUUCUCAAUCCGCAUCUACCUUAGUCAUUUCACUUGUGUUCAUGCUUCCGGUUCUGGCCUUGAACUUGUUGGAAGAGUCUAGUUGAAUUGAUUGUGGAGAGCCUGCCCAGUGGGAGUUUUUUUUUGAAUGGAGAACCCACAGCAGACUCAAAUUCCAAAAGUCAAACUCGGCAAUCAGGGAUUGGAGGUGUCAAGGCUAGGAUUCGGAUGCGCAUCUCUUGCUGGAACAAAGAGUGCUCCUCUUAGUCACGAAGAAGCUUGCUCUCUGAUUGCCCAUGCUGUCAAAAGUGGUAUCACUUUCAUUGACACAUCCGAUCUCUAUGGCAACGAUCAUGAAAGCGAAAUCAUGGUUGGCAAGGCUCUGAAGCAGUUCCCUCGAGAAGAGAUUCAGCUGGCAACUAAAUUUGGACUCUACAUAACCGAGGCUGGUGAGUACAGAGUCGAUGGGAGGCCUGAGUAUGUACGAAAAUGCUGUGAAGCUAGCCUCGCCCGACUUGGAGUAGACUGCAUCGAUCUGUACUAUCAGCACCGUGUAGAUCAAUCAGUCCCCAUAGAAGACACUAUGGAGGAGCUGAAGAAGCUUGUGAAUGAAGGAAAGAUCAAAUACAUAGGGCUGUCCGAACCCAGUCCAGGCACAAUCAGGAGAGCCCAUGCGAUUCAUCCCAUCUCUGCCUUGCAAAUGCAGUAUUCCCUUUGGUCCCGUGACAUUGAACAAGAAAUCAUCCCUCUUUGCAGAGAACUUGGAAUUGGAUUAGUUGCUUAUAGUCCGCUUGGCGUUGGAUUCUUUGCUGGAAAAGCAGUUGUUGAAACCUUUCCUGACGACAGUGAGUCGCAUGUGUAUCAUCCUAGGUUUGCAGCUGAGAAUGUACAUAAGAACAAGGUCUUGUACACACGAGUGGCCAACCUGGCUACAAAGCAUGGGUGCACCCCUCCUCAACUAGCACUUGCAUGGCUUCUACAUCAAGGAAAUGACAUAAUCCCACUCCCUGGUACCACUAAAGUGAAAAAUCUGGACAACAACCUUGGAUCGUUGGCCUUGACGCUUACUGAAGCAGAUGUAGAAGAAAUUUCUGAUGCUGUUCCCAUUGAUGAAGUCAGUGGAGCGGAGACCUAUGCUGUGGUAGCUGAAUACGUAUGGAAGCUUGCCGAUACCCCAUCUAAGCAAUAAUCUUUCAGGAAAUGCCUUUCAGCACUUGUAUUUUCUAUCCCGACUGUUCAUGAAAGAGCAAUUUGGUUAUCUUUCUUGCAAACGAAGACAAUGGAACUAAAUUGAAUGGGCAAUAACGCCCUUGGUCAUUUGAUUGG